CGCUUCAUAGCUGCAUGCACGCUUUCAUUGGAUAGUUGACAUUCUGCACGCUGUAAACCAAACAAACAUUACGUCCCAACCACAUAUACUGUAGAUUGUAGAUUAGAGCUGCAUCCCUGCCCCCUGAGGUGUGCCUGCAGGUAAAUAGAGGAGCAGGCUGCAGAAGCGCCUGUGGCUCUGCAGAUCAGCAUCAGGUUCUGAAAUGCACCACAACAAGCAAGGACGUUGUGGAGGCCGUGGUGGUGGUGGUGGUGGUGGGCAUGGUCAGGGACAUCAUGGACACGGACACGGAGGAUGUCACGGGCAUAAACCGGGCUGCAGAAAGGGUCGUAGGCGCAGGCACAAGCUAGGACACAAGCAUCGCAAGUGUCACAAGAAGGGGAAGGACUGUCACGGGUCCUCCAGCAGCUCCUGCAGCAGCAGCAGCAGCAGCAGCAGCAGCGACUCCGACUAGAAGAUUCUUAGACCUUCUCCGCUGAGCCCUUCUGCUUUGCACAGUAACCUUGCAUGACCGUAUCAUUAACUUGUCUUUUCAACUCAGUAAUAACAAUAUUAAACAAGUUGUGCAACUGUGCAUUGACGAGUUUUAUAUCUGUUGAAAUAAAGAUGUAAAAUGUACAAGAAGGGAGGGGAAUUACUUCGCUAGCUGUUACUGCAUGUGUAACAUAACAUAAACAGCAGAGGCACGUCACUGAUUAAGUGCCCCUCUAAGAGUGUAACAAAAGUCUUUCAUUUUUUUUAAGUUAAUGAAUAAAUUACAUUUGCACACGUACAUUAAAAAACAUGAAAAAAGGCACCUUUAAGUGUCUGCAUGGUGCAUAUUCCACAGAAAGUCAUUUGUUGCACUCCUAUGCCAAGCAAUGACUGCUCACCAAAGUGACGGGUUAAUCCCAUUAGGGUCUAAAAAGUGCAGCUCGGGGGCCAUUUUCAUCCCGCAGCUGGGUUUUUUUUUUCUUAAUAUUUUUUCUUAAUAUGUCACCUUUAUGCUACUAAAACGAUGUUAUUUUUCCUCACAACAUUAUGACGUUAUUCUUGUAAAAUGAUGACUUUUUCUCGUUACAUUACAACUUUUUUCUUAAUAUUUUGACUUUAUUCUUGUAAAAUUAAUGCAGAUUUUUUGUGUUUGUUUUUUUUUGUUAAUUUAUAUUUUUAGAGUAUGCCACGGGUCAAUAAAAAAAACAUUCAACCUCCGCAAAUGGCCCCCGGGCCGCACUUUGGACACCCCUGGACGAGACACUAUCAUGCUAAUAACACACAUUUUUGUUUAUGCUAUUGAAGUUUUAAGGAUGUUUUGAAGCAGUUUAGAUUGAUUGUUGUGUGUUUAGAAAAUAGUGUCUAAAAUUGGUCAUGCGUGUGUUUUGGACCAAAUGUAUAUCUGGACGGACGAUUGACAGCACUUAGUAUAAGUAAGUACACCCCUCACAUUUUAUGAUAUCUUCAAGGGACAACACUGAAGACUUUACACGUUCAUACAAUGUAAAGUUGUCAGUUUACAGCUUGGAUAACUCAACAGAGCCAUUAAUGCUGAAACCGCUGGCAACAAAAGUGAGUACACCCCGAUGUUAAACUGUACAAAUUGGGCCCAAUUAGCCACUUUUCCUCCGUGACUCAUUAGUGUUACAAGGUCCCAGGUGUGAAUGGGGAUCAGGUGUGUUAAAUUAGUUGUUAUUGCUCUCGCACGCUCUCAUACUGGUCAGUGGAAGUUCAACAUGGCACUUCAUGGAAACGAACUCUCUAAGGAUGAGAAAACAUCGUUUUUGCUCUACAUGUUUUAGGCUAUAAAAAAGGCUGGCAACACCCUGAAACUGAGCUGCAGCACGGUGACCAAGAGGUUGAGUGCACAUGUUCAGGGAGGGAGUGUCACGGUAUGGGGCUGCAUGAGUGCUUCCAGCACCGGGCAGCUACAGUUCUUUGAGGGAAACAUGAAUGUGUUGAGUUUUGUGAGGGUGGACUGGAGUGUGAACUCGAGUCACAAUUUUGACGACUUUGGGAUCAAAUCAUCAAAGACUUGAAACUCGACAUAGACUUUGACAUCAAUGACUCGGACUUGAAAAAUACUUGAGAUUUUCAGUGAGUGUGUUGAGAAAAAUGUGUCCCCUUUUAUAGUUCGUAUUCAACUACUGUGACCAUUUUUAUGUCAUUUCCAGCAAGAGAACACAUUUUCCCACAAAAUCUGAAUCAUUGAAUGCAUCUACAGUAUUAACAUCCAAUCAACAUUAAGAACAAAGGAGGGCGUGGCUUACACUUCUGCAGGCGUUUUGUGAGGUCUGAUUUUUUUGAGGAGGCAUUUUUAUGAUGCAAAUGUCUUCUGAACACAUAUUGUUUUGAGAAGCCAAAUUCUUUAUUUAAAUGACCCAGCAACUAAGCAGAACUACGUUCACGGUAAUACGACCAGAACUGGACCAAAAAUGGGUUGGGGAGCUGUUUGGGGUAGGUCACUGUUGAAAUAGUCCGCUGCUGAUGGGGACGUCAUACAACUUCAUGUCAAAAACUAUCCCUUUAAGACUUGACUUGGACUUGUCUUUAUUGAUGCUUGAGUCGACACUUGGGAUUAAAGACUUGAGAUUUGCAAAACAUGUACUUUGUCCCACCCCUUUUGUUAGCCAAGCUGUACACUGACUACUUUAUGUGCCCGAGAGUCUUUUCUUUACUGUUGGCCCAUGAAAAGACAUCAUGAAACAUUUCCUCACUUUUGUGACAUGCAGUCAUCCCUCGCAAUAUCGCGGUUCGAUUAUUGCUCCCUCGCUAAAUCACGUUUUUUCAGAAAAUUCAUGAAUGAAAUGAUCAUCGCUGUAGACAAUGGUCUAUUAUUAGUCAGUACAUAUUGAAAUACAAGUGAUAUGUCGUAUUGUGGUCACUAGGUGGCAGUAAUGACGCAAACCAAUGAUGAGACAUUACCUUACAUUACAUUACCUUCAAGCUGCCUGAAGUCAUGAAGUCAGCCAUGGCAUGUCCGACAUGACAGAGUGGGAAAAAAAGCUAUCCUCCGAUUCCGUGUGGAAGUGGUACUUUUUUGACUUCUUAAAUUUAGAGGAAAUAAAUUCGAGGAUAACAGGUUAGCUUGCUAGCUCCAACCAAUGAAUAGUAGGAGUGUAAAGGUGCCAGUAGGCAUGUUAUUUUACACUACAUUCAUUGAAUCAUUGAAUCUAGGGAUGGCUAAUAUGUUAUGAUGUGCUGGUAUUAAUUUGAGUCCUUUAUUACAUCCAUGCUUUUAAGGCGCUACCAUUUCUCUCACCCCAAAUGCUUAUGUAGUUGUUUAAAAAUAUCGGAGUCUUUCGACAAGGUCGUCAAAAACAAGGCCAAUGACAGGAAAGCGCUGAUGUGGCAAUGAUGCCGUGACAUCACCCCAAAGAACUUAAAAAGUGUUGCGUGUUUUUUCAUUGCGCAAUUCCUUUUCCAUUGUUGGCACUUGAAUGAGAUGAGAGGCGUGGUGCUCACACUCAUUGCUUUUUCCUGCUGAUUGCGGAAAGCACCUUUACAGCAUAUCAUACGCCCAAAGUCACGGGACAGUUCAGGAUUUAAAAGGUGUUACAGUAUUCAUCCAUUCUACUUUUUAUUCACAGAUUGGCCAGAAAUGAUAAAUAAUAUGUAAGAUAAGGUCACAUUUGUGUGCGGUUUGUUUGAAAGCAUGAUCGACAACAAUAAAUAACAAUAAAUACAAAUUCUAUUGCGUGUCAGUAACUGUGAAACUGAAAUAAAGCAUCAAAUAAUGAUUGAUCACUCUUCAGCUCAUAGGUUUUCUAUUAUCUGUUGUUUUUUCAUUUUCUGGAGAACAAAGAUGGAGUCACAUGCUCUUAAGUCCUUUUAGACCCACAGGUCCCGCGAUAUCGGGGGCUGCCGGGUCGCUACGGUAACUGCUCCAAAUCAAUAAACACAUGAAGAACGUGAUUUUAGGAAAACAGAAGACAAUUCAAACCACAUAAAUGGUGCAAAUGUCGAAAACAAGCGAACAGCCUGAGCCCAGAAAUACAAAGCAUUCGAAAAGUAUUUAUGGCGCUUCUUCCACAUUGUCUUAUGUUACAGCCUUAUUCCAAAAUGGAAUACAUUCAUUCCCCCCCAAUAUUCUACACACAACACCCCAUAAUGGCAACAUGAAAGCCUUUUUUUAACGUUUGUAAAUUAAUACAAAAAGUACAAGUAUUCACAGCCUUUGUCUUGUGUUGUUGUUGUCUUGUGAACCUUGUAGACGCAGAGAAAAAACAUUGACACCUCCCGAAACAGGAAAGACAAAUCCUUGUCAUCCUUGAUAGGUGUGGCUGCAGGUGGAGUAGUAACAGGUGUGUCUUCAUAUAAAGGCACAGCCUGACGACAGGUGAGUGUGGAUCUGAACUCCAGUGCACGAGUCUGGAUCUGUGGAUUGAACAAGUCUAAGAACAAUUAUCAAGGAGCCAAAGAUGCCAGUUGGAUACCCUGCCUGUCGACCAUACGCUGGCGCAUAUGGGCCCUAUGUAAGGCCUGGUUACGUCUAUAGGCCUGGGUACGGGUACGGAUAUGGACACGGCUACGGGUAUGGCCAUGGGUACGGGCACGGCUACGGGCAUGGUCAUGGGUACGGGCACGGCUAUGGCUACGGGCACCGUCCUGGCCACCACCAUUACGGAUGCAGCAUACAAUAAUCACAUAACCUUGAAAUGUACUUGUUAAUUUAAAAGCAUGUACUAUAUAUUUACAUUCCAACAAAUAAAAAGGUAUAAUCCAAGAUAACAAUGGCGUUUAUUGGUUGAUUCACUCUUGAACACAAUAAAAUUACAUUUUAAAGUGAUAGUGAUGAAAGACACGACAACAUUUUUAACAAAAGCGAAUUCUUCUCUUCUUCAUCUUGUUAUCCUCCAAACUUCCUAAGACGUCUGUGCCUCACGAGCCACGAAUCUCACCGCACGUCGCUGGUUUUGACGAGGAGCGAUUGCAUUCCAGUAAUAGUGUUUAUGGUCACGUCAUCAUUUUUGCCUGUUAUGACGUUAUGGAAUAGUUGAUUGGUUCAUGACAAUCAUCGGUCUUGAGCAAAAAGCAGGUUUAUUUCAAACAUAAAACAAUAAAACCAUCAAAAACGACACAUUUAUGGCAAUGUACACAAUAUAUCAUCUGUGGAUAAUAUAUUUCUCAUCUACUUGUGUGUUUCUCAUCUUCCUCAUUCUGAUUUUAAUAGGCUGAAAGCUGAUGAAAAGCACAUUUUAACAUGUUUUAAGCCUCCACUGCAAGAGUUGUAGCUGCCGGUGUGCUUUUUAUUACAACUAUUUACGAAGGCAGGCCUGAAAGAGGACCUUUGUUCAACAAUAUUAAUUUAUAAACAGUUACGUCAUGCCGCAUACUUCGGCAUCACUCGUGUUUAAUCAGCUGAGUUGCGCACCCAUGAAUGUAACCUUUGCUUUGUACCUUACAAUAUCAUACAAACAAGAAGACCUUCUCUGCAAAAAGGAGCUUCUUAAACAGGUGCAGAAUGUACACGUGUUCCAGCGUAGGUUGCGUUUUGUGUCAUGCAUGUAAAAAUUGUCUUCAAAAAUGUUAAACUUUCACACAGAAUAUACAAAAUGUUGUUAUAUAAUAAUAAUAAUCAUCAUCAUUAUUAGAAGAGUAAUUUAAAAGACACUUUAAAAUAUAACAAUUAAACAAUAUAAAGGUAUAUUAAAACGACAAUAGACAGAAAAACUACUACUGAGUCUUUAAGUAUUAAAAUCAGUUAAAUAUAGGUGGGUUCUUAGCAGUUUUUGGGAGGUGAAUGGAUUGUACCAGAGGGAGGGUGUACAAAAAAAACCCCAAAUGCAGAUUACUGCAGAAGUUUGCUCAUGAAGCAAAACAAAAAGAAAUCAGAUUACUAACAUGGUGAAAUACAUUAAGUGCACAUCAAAUACAUAAUGUGUAACCGAAUCGUCAGAUGAACGACUCUAAUGUAAAGCAGGGAUCCCCAACUCCCGGGCCGUGGGUCAUUUGGUACCGGGCCGCACAGAAAGAAAAAAUAAUUUCCAUUAUUUCAUAUUUAUGUUUUAUUUUGAAAUGUGGCCGGAUUCUCUCUGUUACAUCCGUCUCACGUGACGCAUGUCCAUUGUGCGUGUGCUAACUUUAUCUUAUGCCGCACAGAUAGACUACUACUGUAUUUUUACCAUUUUUCUUUCACCUCAUAUUUGGUCUCAAAUGCUGAUACUAUGUGGGACUGCAUAAAUGUCACAGUACAAAUAUGUGCUAAGGAUUGCAGCGGCCCUCCCCCGAUCAAAUGUUUAGGGAGGGGUGUAGAGGAGUGCUUUCGCAUAAAAGAAGCAAUAGUCGGCGGCUGCAUUUGGCAACCCACCUUCCUGCGUACAGAGACGGGCUCUCAUUUGUCGUUUGGAAAAUGUACGGGCAUAACCAAGGGAACCAGUACCCGGGCUAUCCAAACCAACCAGGGGGUUACCCUCAAUACCCCCCAGGAAACUGCCCUCCUCAGCCCUGCGGCCCACCUGGCUAUGGUCCUGGUCCCUGCCAAGGACAGGGACAGAACUAUGGAUGUGAUCAUGGGCAUGGGCAUGGACAUGGUCAAGGACACGGGCAUGGGCAUGAUCAUGGGCAUGGCCAUGGGCACGGACAUGAUCAUGGUCAUGGGCAUGGACAUAAUCAUGGGCAUGGACAUGGACAUGAUCAUGGGCAUGGACAUGAUCAUGGACAUGGGCAUGGGCAUGGGCAUGGACAUGGACAUGGGCAUGGUCACAAGCACAAGCACAAGCAUGGCCACAAGCAUGGCAAGUGUCACAAGAAAGGAAAGUCUUGUCAUGGGUCCUCCAGCAGUUCCUGCAGCAGCGACUCUGACUAGAUGAUCAUUUCUGGAUGGGAGUGACGACGAAAACCACACUUGGUUCACGUCGUUUUGUAACCAUGGUUGUUUCCUACCAACAAUUUAAAGAGGAUGAGCGUACACUCGCAUGUUAUGUUGGCACACGACAUUGCAGAAAACACAAUAUAAGCUCUGCUACGUUCUUGUUUGUCCUAACAAUGUUUUCAGGGAGCGGAUGCAUGUCUUUGUCAUAUACAUACAAACUUUACUACAUUCCUGUUUGUGGCAUCACUCAGUGAUUUCAGUAACAUGCAAAAAUAAAAGAUAAAUCUCU